GAUAUCCAAAGAAGAAAAGCUCUUCACAAUAGUGCACGCUCGUAAACAUUAAACGUACACAGUGGAAUGGUGCUUUCAAGUUUUUAUUAAAUUUAUCCCAUCUCGGACCAACCGUAAAAGCGAAAAUAACGUUUCCGACUGGUCAUGGACGUGCCAGAAGCCAGUGAUUCUCAAGAUGCAUCGCUGGAUGCCGCAAACCCUUCAAACAAUUCCAACGAGACCUUAACACCGCACAUGUUGGCCAAAAUCGAAAGGAAUAGACAACGGGCGUUAAUGCUCAGGCAAGCCAGACUUGCAAACCGACCGUCAUCAGCUCCAGAAGGAGCAACAUGUGCCAAAGUGGCAAAAACUAUAGACUCGGGUGCAGGCUUCUUUAUUGAGGAGGAGACAACAGAGGAUGAACAGCAAGAAAAGAGAGUGGUUGAGCAACCAGCCCCAGUGAUGGAGCCUGAUUAUCUAAUGUGUGAAGAGUGUCUAAAACCAUUCAUGGACUCUUAUCUUAGCAACAGUUUUGAUCUAUCUGUGUGUGAUAAAUGCAGAGACAACGAAGUGAAGCACAAGCUAAUAUCUCGCUCAGAAGCCAAACAGAAUUUCCUACUGAAGGAUUGUGAUCUGGAUAAGAGGGAGCCGCCGCUGAGAUUUAUUCUCAGGAAAAAUCCUCACAAUCCUCGCUGGGGAGACAUGAAACUCUACUUAAAAACACAGGUGGUAAAGCGCUCUCUGGAGGUGUGGGGCAGCGAGGAGGCUCUGGAGGAGGCCAAGGAGAGCAGAGAGGAGAACAGGGAGGUGCAAAAGCAGAAACGAUUUAAUAAAAAGGUUAAAGAGUUGAGGCGGGCCGUCAGGAGCAGUAUGUUUAAGAAAGACACCAGCGUUCAUCAGCAUGUUUACGGCCCGGAGGAGCUGCUAAAUGAAGAGGAAGAUCUCUACAAGAAAGUGUGUCAAACAUGUGGACAUGAACUGACUUUUGAAAAGAUGUAAACACGUCUUGGAGGUCUCACUGCUGUGGCCACUGUUCAGGGAAGAAGCAGGAUCCAGAUCCACAUCAGCGAAAAGUAGUACUGAUCUUACUUCUGGUCCUCAACACAUUCUCUUUACUAGAUGUCAGGUAACAAAACAGGUUUGCAUCAGUUUCCGCUUUGGAGUAUCUGAAACGCUUAACCAGCAUAGAAAGUUUAGAAAUGUCAGCAUUAAUGAAUGAAAAUUGCUCAAAUGAUCAUUCCAGAAUGAUAGUUAACUCACCCUCGUGUCAAUUAAGAUGCAUGAAGAAGUUUCCAGGAUUUUUCUCUAUAAAGUGGGCUUCAAAUGGAGGUCCAAAUUUCAGUUUCAGUGAAUUAAGAAGGCUCUUAUCUUUAAAAACGAUCUGUGGUUUUCUGAAAAUAUACUUUUUAAACCACAAAUGCUCAUCUUAGUGCUUAGUGCAUAAAUUAGUGCUUCCAAAUGAUUAAUUGCGAUUAAUUGCAUCCAGAAAAUUGUUUACAUGUUUAUAUGUAUAUAUAUGCAUCUUUUCAAAAUAUAUCCUGAAUGCUUGUAUUUAUAUGUUUAUAAUAAAUGUACA